AUGAUUAUAUAUCUGUCUAAGAGGCUUGAGAGGAGGAUUGCAAUAGUUUCUGAAUCAUUUGCAUUGAUUUUCAAAUCUGUAUCAGUUGGUGAUGCGGAUUCAAGGCGGCCUCGUUGCGCCAUUGAACUUUUACCCAAGGAUGAAUUAAGCAAUCAAGGAUUCAAGAAGUUAUCAUCACAUGAAAUUUACGGGUUUAUUGGUCUCAUAGAAGUAGAAGGUUUAAUCUUUGUUGGUGCUAUUACUGGGAAAUCAAAAGUUGCACAACCGACACCCGGUGAAACGGUUAAUAAGAUCUUCGCAGUUGAUUUUUUCUGUUUGAACAGUUCAAAGUGGGAUUUUGUAGAGAUAGACUCAUCAGGAUAUCCUGUUUCAUCAGAGGGUGAACCAAAUUAUGCAGAAUCGUUCCCUAGGCAUCCAUGUUAUGAAUUGAAAAAACUAUUAUCCAACGGAUCUUUUUACUACAGUUCAGAUUUCGAUCUAACGUCAACUUUACAAAAUAGAGGAUUUGGUGAUCAUUCAUUAAGUGCGGAUAAUUACCAGGAGGAGUAUAUGUGGAAUUACUUUUUAAUGCAGGAGAUAAUUACUUAUAGAGAUAGAUUGGAACCUCAUGCAAAACAAAUUUUAGAUGAUCAAGGGUUUUUAACUACAGUGAUACGUGGAUUUGCAGAAACGUUUGUUACUUAUCUUAAAAGGUUAAAAGUUGGAGUUACAAUAAUUUCCAAACAGAGUUGGAAAAGGGCAGGAACAAGAUUUAUUGUUCGUGGUGUAGAUGAUGAAGGUAAUGUAGCCAAUUUUGUCGAGACAGAAUUUAUCAUGUAUUCGUCACAGUACUGUUAUGCAUUUAGUCAAAUUAGAGGCAGUAUCCCUGUAUUUUGGGAGCAAGAUACUUCUCUAAUCAAUCCAAGGGUUCAAAUCACUAGGUCAGUUGAGGCUACACAACCGAUAUUUGAUGAACAUUUUUCCAGAUUGGUGGAAGAAUAUGGUCCUGUACAUGUGGUAAACCUACUAUCAACAAAAACGAAUGAAAUUGAAUUGUCCCAGCGUUACAGGCAGCAUUUGAAGAACUCGCCCAAAUUGAAGUUGGGGCAAGAUGUGUUCCUUACAGAAUUCGAUUUUCAUAAAGAAACUUCACAAGAAGGUUUUGCUGGCGUCAGGAAAUUGAUCCCCAUGAUAAUGGAUUCCAUGUUAGUAGCAGGUUAUUUCUCUUAUGAUGUUAGAGAAAAAAGAUUGAUAUCCGAGCAACAAGGUGUAUUUAGAACCAAUUGUUUGGAUUGUCUCGAUAGAACCAAUUUGGUGCAACAAGUUUUGUCAUUAACUGCCUUUAAAACGUUUUUGGAGGAUUUCCAUUUGGCUAAUGUUAAAGUCUAUGUUGACAAUGAAGACUUCGUCAUUAAACAUAACACACUUUGGGCUGAUCAUGGUGACCAGAUAUCACAGAUCUAUACAGGUACCAAUGCUCUAAAAUCAUCGUUUUCUAGAAAAGGAAAGAUGUCAUUUGCAGGUGCUCUUUCAGAUGCUACUAAGUCUGUUAGUAGAAUGUACAUCAACAACUUUAUGGAUAAAAAUAAACAACAGAAUAUUGAUACACUUUUGGGUCGUCUGCCCCAUCAACAGUCUGUUCAACUAUAUGAUCCAAUAAGUGAAUAUGUUGAUGAUAAAUUGAACGGUCUAUCAGAUCAAUUUACUUCAUAUUCAACUACAAACAUUCUAGUGGGUACAUUUAAUGUUAACGGUACUUCCAGACAUGCGGAUCUUUCCAAGUGGCUUUUCCCCAUUGGUGAUAAAUUUAAGCCUGAUAUCGUUGUUUUGGGACUUCAAGAAGUAAUUGAGUUAUCGGCUGGAUCUCUUUUAAAUGCUGACUAUUCCAAGGGCUCCUUUUGGGAAAAUAUGGUCAAUAAAUGUUUGAAUCAAUACGAUGAAAAAUAUCUACUGUUAAGAGUGGAGCAGAUGUCUUCAUUGAUCAUACUAUUCUUCGUCAAGGCAGAUAAAGCACAUAUGGUUAAACAAGUGGAGGGUGCCACUAAGAAAACUGGAUUUGGGGGUAUCACAGGUAAUAAAGGUGCUGUUGCGAUUAGAUUCGAAUAUGGGGGUACGUCAUUCUGCUUCGUAAAUGCUCAUUUUUCUGCAGGCGCAAAUAACAUCGAUGAACGUCGUAGUGAUUAUGAGAGUAUCGUGAAGAAUAUUAUAUUCACUAGAUCCAAGACUAUUCCGCAUCAUGAUUCCAUCUUUUGGCUUGGUGACCUGAACUACAGAAUCAUAUUACCUAAUGAAGAAGUCAGAAGAGAACUAUCGGCGAAAAAAGAAGGCUAUAUAGAAAGACUAUUGCGCUACGACCAAUUGACCCAAGAGAUUAACACGGGAGUUGUGUUUCAAGGAUUUAGAGAACCUACUCUUAAAUUUAGACCCACUUACAAAUAUGAUAAUAACACAGACAAUUACGACUCUUCAGAAAAGGCCAGAACGCCUUCAUGGACUGAUAGAAUUGUGUACAAAGGUACUAACUUACACCCAUUAGCUUAUUCCGAUGCUCACUUGAUUAUCAGUGAUCAUAGGCCUGUCUAUGCUGCUUACAGGGCUAAGAUUACUCUGAUCGACGAGAAUAUCAGACUGGAUCUGACAAAUCGUCUAUACCGCGAGUACAAACAGGCCCAUCCAGAAGUGGCAGAGCAACACUAUAAUCACCUCAUUGAUUUAGAAGAAGGAAAAUCACCUGCCAAAAAUAUUCCUGCAAGUCCCGGGUUUGAUCUUCUAGACUUACAUGGCACAAUGAAACCUAAACCUUCGCCGAUCUCAUCUCUCUCAUCGGCUUCUCCAGAACCUACUGUAUCCAUAAGGCGUGAAAGUUCACCACCUCUGAGCGAUACUCAUCCCGGGCAGAAAUUGCGUCCACCUCCACCACCCGCGCCCAGAUCCUCUUCAUCUGUUAGGGUAUUGCAAUUGGCUGAUACAGAUACGUCCUCCGUCUCUAGGAAAUCAUCUGAAUCUUCAGUGCCAUCUCAUCAAGAUUCCCAAUCAACCAACUCAGCACGACCACCAGUACCCCAGUCUAGAAGAUCGGUACCACCUGGAUUUAACGAAACUAUUUUGACCCCGAAGAAUACUAGCAGAUCUAGUACUCCCGUUAGCAUUCCUAAGGUGGAGGCACCAGCACCACGGAAGGCGGCUACGUUCCCCGAGAGCACCAUAGUUGCAUCAAACGGUUCACCACAACCACGUUUGGCCGCAACAAAGACAGAUUCAGAUAUCGUGGCUACACCAAAGAAAAAAGGGCCACCGGUGCCACCACGUUCACCUGGGCUUCGUUCGCAUUCUGCUAGUUCAAACCCAGAGAUACUUUCACUACCGCUUGAACUUCAGAAGAAAGUUUCCACAGUUCCGUCUGUCUCCAAUGAGACUGAAACACAACCUUUGGAAUCUGCUCAUACAGAUUCGAGUAAUGCAAAUAAUCUGCUACCUAAGAGGACACCCCCAGUCCCACCACGUGCCAAUGCAUCGACACCAGAGUUACAUUCGGAUGUCAAUACGUCAACAUCAAGUAUUUCUAGUAAUACUAAUACGUUGGUUCCCAAGAAGAAAGUACCACAAGUGCCAUCUCAUAUUAACGAACAAACAACAACGAAGACCAAAUCGGAAUCAGACGUUCCAGUUAAGAAAUUACCGCCAGCAGCGCUGCAUGCGAAUGAACUGACCCCUCUGGCACCUGCACCAAUUUCAUUGGAAGAAUCAGAGGGGCUAAUAUCCAAGAAAAGGGUUCCGCCACCGGUACCUUCUCAUUCAAGUCAAUCGAAUUGGAGUGCUGCUAAUACCUUAAUACCCAAGAAGAAAACGCCACCUGCUUCUACAACUGAACUGAAAUCUACGAAUACCAAGGAGUCCAACCCACAACUUACAGAGGAUUCCCCUGCUCUUACUAGCACCUUAUUAUCCAGGAAUAAAUCGCCCGCACCUCCUGUUCCUAGACAAGUCAAUGAACACACCGAGGAGGCAGAAUUUAGUAAUGUCAAGAAAACACCGCCUGCUAAACCUACCAAGAAACCUGAAGUAGAAAAUUUGAGCCUAGAUUCUUGGAAACCUUUGACUCCAAAAUGA